AUGGUGGAGAAAGUGCAGCGCCCUCUUGUGUCUAGUCUAGUGCAUGGCAGAGACGAGUCUCCUGGUGGCUCUGUACAAGAUUCACAUAAUUUGCUGGGAAGAGGAAAAGCUGAGGGAGGAAAAGCUGGAGGAAGUAAUGGCAACAACAUGGGAAAUCGACCUGCUGCCGCCAAUGCUGCUCGGGAGAGAAACAGAGUACAGACCUUGCGCCAUGCAUUCCUGGAGCUUCAGAGGACACUACCUUCUGUGCCACCAGAUACCAAACUAUCCAAGCUGGAUGUGCUCAUAUUGGCAACAACCUACAUUGCCCACCUUACCCGCAGCCUUCAGGAGGAAGAUGAAAGCAGCAGCGGCAAUCACCAGCCCAGUACCCCGAAGAACUCAGGAAAUCUUAGUCCAGAACUCUUGGGGACCCUGCAUAAUGGGGAUGGAUAUCUUCACCCUGUUAAGGUAUGGAUAGUUUUCAUUACCAAACACACAAACUUAGUGUUAUAAAUUAGUUUUUACUAUGCAAAAAUGAAUAGUGGUUCUAUGCAAUAAAAUGCUAAUUUCCUGCCAAGUUUUGAAGUUUUAUGCUGCCCAAUUUCAUGAGCUAUGUUUAGUAAUAGCCAAGUAUUAAAAUAUUUACCAAUCUGCACCAAACUGAAUCUUACCCAACUUCAAGAAGGCUCAAAAGCAUUCUCAAGAGUGUCUUAAGUGGCACUUCUUCUUUAUAUAGCAUAAACGGAUAAAUUGAAUAAAGGGGACACGAUAGUCACUAAAACAACAUUAUCUUAAUUAGGCAAGUUUUAGUGUUUAGGAGUUAAAUCACUUUGUUUAUGUAGCCCUGUUCACAUCUUCCUAAAUGUAACCUGCACAGCCUUCAUAAACACUUUUUGUACAGUGAGAUCUAAUGUUUAAACUUCCUUUAUUGCACAGUUUGUUUAAUUUAGAAGUUCUCAUCUCCGGCACUGUUACUAGCUUGCCAGUCCUUGCAGGGUGUGAUUAAAGUAACAUUUUUAAAACAUGAGAUAAAAUUAACUACUUGUAAAGUAACUUAGCAUCUGAUUGAAAAACGGAAAAAAAUCAUUCAUGCAGACUGUAUGCCAGUGUGACUGGGUCUGCAUGGACAGAAACAAAAAAGUUUAACUCCUAAAUUGCAGAGAAUUGAAACUGCAGAGGCAUGAUAUAUACGUGAUAUGUGCUCUAAAACUGCGUCAUUAAGCUAAAGUUCUUUUGGUGACUAUAGUGUCCGUUUAGGAAGCAAUUAGCGUUAAAGGAACACUUUUGCAUGAGGAAUAUAAAACUAUAUUCCUAGCACUAUAGUGUCCCUCUGUCUUUCUCUGUAGGUCCCUCCAUGUCUGGCGAGUAAAGGGUUAAAACUCUUCCUCCAGCGAAAAACAUCACAAACAAAACAUAACAGAAUAAGGAAAAUAACAGGUGGGAAACCUUCUCAUGUUGCUCGCCUCCAAUGAUCCUCAAAAUGGGAAAAAAAGAGCAGCCAAAAUGGAAGUGGAGAUUACUAAGAUAACUUUUACAGUUUGACGGUUUUCACCUUGAAUUUCAAAUUCACUAUGAAUUCUCACUUUUUGCGAAUAACCUUGUUUAUGUAGGGUUAUUCACUAAAGUGUGAAUUGUUGGGUGUUCAAAGUGAAUUUCAAAUCUUCAUCCACAGUAGCCAGAGUCUGUGUUAAUUUUGGCGGAAAAUUACAAUUUCGUUUUAGUCAUAGACUUUUGACUAAAAAUCAAUUUUAGUUGUAUUUUAGUCAUCUGAAACAAAUUGUUUUAGUUUAGUUUUGGUUGACUAAAUCUCCAGUAGAUUCUAGUCGACACGACUAAAAUCUAAUAGGUUUAGUUAAAGCCUCUAUCUGUAUCUUUUGCCCUUUCCCUGGCAUCUCUGUGUCUCUUUGUGUGCUCCCAGCCCCUCUAGGUGUCUCUCUCCCAGACCCUGGUGUGUCUCUUUUGCCCCUUCCCCAAUCCCUCUGUGUCUCUUUGUUCCUCCCAGUCUCUCUAGGUGUCCCUCUCCCAAGCCCUGAUCUGUCUCUUUUGCCCCUUCCACAGCCCCUCUGUGCACAGGGCCGGAUUAACAUAGGGGCUGAUGGAGCUGCAGCUCCAGGCCCAGGCCCAGGCCCAUGGAAUAGGCCCAUUGAUUUAUAAAAAAAAUAAAAAAAAAUAUUUUUUUUUUACAUUUUUAUUUUUUCCACACACUACUCUUAGGGAUUCCACCUGGCUUUUAUUUUAUUGGCACAGCCAGUAUUUGAGGCUGCUUGGCUGGUGCCAAUAUUGCAGUGAUACUGGCAAUACAAAUGCUGGUAUUUUUCUCAGUAUAAACAAGAGAGACAGCCUACAGCUCAGGGAAGUAAGGGAUGGGGGAAAGGCUGCAAGGAGACAUACACUGAGACACUAAGGGGCACUGGGAGACAUUAUGGCAGACACUGUGACACUAAGGGGCACUGGGAGACAUUAUGGCAGACACUGAGACACUAAGGGACACUGGGAGACAUUAUGGCAGACACUGAGACACUAAGGGACAUUGGGAAACAUUAUGGCAGACACUAAGGGACACUGGGAGACAUUAUGGCAGACACAGAGACACUAAGGGACAUCGGGAGACGUUAUGGCAGACACUGAGACACUAAGGGACACUGGGAGACAUUAUGGCAGACACUGAGACACUAAGGGACAUUGGGAGACAUUAUGACACAGACACAUGUGGACACAGUAUCCCCAUGUCUCCCAGCCAGUGUCCCUGGUGUCUCAGUGCCCCCUAGUCUCCCAGUGACCCCCAGUCUCCCAGUGUCUCACUGUCCCGAUGUCUCCUAGUGCCUCCAUGUCUCCCAGUGCCUCAAGUGUCUCAAUGUCCCCAUGUCUCCAAGCUAGUGUCCCUAGUGUCUGUGGCCCUGGUGUCUCCUUGUCCCCAUGUCUCCCAGUGCCCCCAUGUCUCAAUGUCCCCAUGUCCCCCAGUCAGUGUCUCUAGUGUCUGUGUCCUUGGUGUCUAUGUCCCCAUGUCUUCAAGCGUCCCCUAUUUUCCCAGUGUCCCCAUGCGUCCCAGCCAGAGUCCCCGAGUUUCCCAGUGUCACUGGUGUCUCCGUGUCCCUAGGUCUCCCUGUGUCCCCAGGUCUUCCCGUCUUCCUAGUGACAUGGGGACCCUGGGAUACAUGGGGACACAGGGAGACAUGGGGCAUUGAGACACUGAUACAUAGGAACACUGAGACCUGGAGUAAUCGACACAUGGGGGCACUGGGAGACAUGGGGGCACUGGGAGGAAUCCAUCUAUACAGCAGAAUCAAACUAAGUAGUUUUUUGGUGAUUUUACAGUAUUUUCUCUUAUAUCACUCCUUGUGAUUUACAUCAUGUGAUGUCACCCAUACAUAUUUAAUUAUGCAAAUUAGCAAGGCCGGUAUGUUUUUCCAAGAAAGGUGGCAACCCUAACUACAUUUCACAUACUCUUACUUAAGUAUGGAAACUUAAGAGGGAUGUAUGGGAACAAAACUUGUGUGGACUGGCUGACAAUGAAUAUAGUUAAAGGGACACUAGAGUCACCAGAAGAACUACAGCUUAUUGAAUUUGUUCUGGUGAGUAGAAUCAUUACCAUCAGGCUUUUUGCUGUAAACACUGUCUUCAGUGUUUACAUUACAGCCUAGUGAUAACUUCACUGGCCACUCCUCAGAUGGCUGUUAGAGAUCCUUCCUGGGUUAUGGCUGCCUAUAAUGCAUCCAAACAUUCAGUAUCUCCACCCUCUGCAUGCAGACACUGAACUUUCCUCAUAGAGAUUCAUUGAUUCAAUUCAUCUCUAUGAGGAGAUGCUGAUUGGCCAGGGCUGUGUUUGAAUCAUGCUGGCUCUGCCCCUGAUCUGCUUCCCUGUCAGUCUCAGCCAAUCCUAUGGGAAAGCACUGUAAUUGGAUUAGGCCAUCACUUCUAAUGAUGUCAGCAGACUGCCCUUAGUUGGCCAGCUGCAUGAUUGGCAGGCAGUCUGACAUGCAUUCAUACCAGGCUGGCCUUCUAAUUCUUUGGGCAGACAUGUCCUCUUUUUGGGCAUGUUCGCCCCUUUUGGCAGGUUACGUGAUUUGUGUCAGUGGCACACCCUUUUACCAUGCCCAUUGACUUCCUGCUUGACUGGACACUGCUGUUAGGGGUUAUGGAUUUACUUGAAAGAUGAAAACAUAAAUUAGAGGGAGAUUAGCCUAGGGUAUGUGUUUUCUUAUAGCUGCUGUUUUCUUUCUCUCCAGCACCAUCUCCAUCAGAUACAUGACGCUUGGGAGUGUUUUACUGUUUUUGGUCGAUAUGAUUAUGUAAUUAGGCCCGUCAUAAUUGUUAGCACCAGGCCCACUGGGCUCUUAAUCUGGCCCUGUCUGUGCAGUGUUAAUUUUGGCAGCAAAUUUCAAUUUAGUUUUAGUCAUAGUCUUUUGAGUAAAAAGCCAUUUUAGUUUUAUUCGUCUUUUAGCCAUCUGAAUUGUUUUAGUUUUAGUCUAAUUUUAGUCGACUAAAUCUUCAAAAUUUUAGUCGUCUAAAAUUUGACUAAAAUUGUUAGUCAUCAAAAUUAACACUGAGUCAGAAUAGAAAACGUUCUCCGACAGGGUUAAUUAUUACAGUGUGAAUUGUCAGAAAUUCAAAUGAAUUCAAUUCAAAUGUUAGGUUAAAAUAGCUAAUUUGAAACAUUCUCUAAGUCCGUUUUGCUUUCAGUUUAUAUAUUUAACCUUAAAUUAAAAUUCACUUUCAAAUCACGCCCUAAUGAAUAACGUGCAAGUCAACUAUGUUCCCAGUUUCAAAUAUAUUGGCCAAAAAGUUUAAACUCUCUUUGAAUCCCUGAUAAUUUACUCUUCAGUGACCCUGUAUGUGUGUUUUAAACAUGGUGGUUAUACAGUCUAACAUAUACGGGCAUAAGGGGAUGUAUUACUAAGACCUUAAAAUAAAACCAAAUGAAAGUAAAAACAGAAUGCAUUAAUCAACAUUGUCUGAGAAUACCCAGGAAAAAGCAGUCAGUGAUUACUAUCAUAAUAUAUAGCGUUUGUAAAGCGUAAAAAGUAAAAUCUAGGAUCCUGAUUUGUAACCAGGUGACUGCACGACCACAUUGCAUGUACAGAAACAGACUUUAAAAAAAAAUGUCAUCGGGUUAUGUAAAAACACUCAUUAGCAGGUUAUUUGAUCAUUUUUAUUUAUUUUUCUCACAUAUAUUACAUGCAACAAAAUGGGAUUUCUGUUAUUAUCCUCCAAAUAUUUCUGUAAAAGGUGAAUGACAAAAUGAAAAUAUGUGUAAAUGUACGCUUUUGUUUCCUCUUUGAGCAGUCUAUCCAAGAUGUCUGUUUGCCCUAGGCUUGUGUGGCCUAUCAUCUCAGGUUUCAAAUUGGUGCUAUGAUUAAUUUUUUUAAAAAGGGGUUACUAUUAUGGUUUUUACCGAGAUAGUUCAUUAAUUGCAUUUUAUGCACAUGCUAAUGUUUUUAGAGGUACGUGGCUUUUUUUUUUGUCUGCCGGCAGAAUGCUAAAAAUCUAUCCGUGGACUGUACCAAAAAAAAAAAAAACGCAAAACACGCCACGUUUCAUGCUCUUAAUUUAGUCAGCAAUAACACACUGUUCUCUUAAAACAGUAAAGAUAUAUAUUUCUGACUGGAUAUAGUAAGCUAAUGCUGUGCUUUUCACUCUUAGAACAAUUGUUAACCUCACAAAAAAUAGUUUAAAUCAUUAUUAUGCAUACAAUUUAAAAAUGUACCAAACCCACAACAAAAUAAUUGCAGUAAUGCUAGUAUUAUUGAGAAAAAAAGUCUUAAAACAAGAUGGCGUUUCUAAACUAAAUGUAUAAAGGGACAAUGUAUUGCACAUAAUGUCAUACACGGUUUAACAAUAAAUAUAAUACACAAAUAAGCCUACUAUUCUCAUCAUAUGCAAUCCUGAAAUAAAGGGAAUACAUGAAAAACCAUUGAGAAUUACUAUUAUAUGCAAACGGAGAAAUGUAGACUGUAAGAAGCAGUGAUCCCGCUGCAGUGAUAGCAAAAACCUAGAAAAAUGGAUGCGAGAAUGGGUAGCGAAGAAGACAGUAAUAUAGAAAAUAUGUAUUCUGCCCUCAAAAAGAAAAAAAUGUAAAACAAGAUGGUAGACAGAAGAUAAAGGUGGAGGAUAGGUCAAUAGUCAUAAAGCUCAGGGAUGUUAAACAGAUUAUGGCAUUUUAUAAUGUGGAAAGUCUGGUGACCUAAAAAAUCUGAACCUGUAAGACCAUGUCUGCAAAUACCUAUUGCGGAACUUUGGAAGCAAUCGUUUUCUUAAUUCUGCGUCUUCCACGGGCUUCCCCAAAGCACCCAAAUGAAUUGCUGUUGUCUGCUUCCAGAUUGGGGGUUCAAGCUUCUAGCAACAUCGAGCAGUGAAUAUUUGAGAUCCCAAAAAUUCACUUUUUAGUCUGUCAUUUGCUUCGCUUCCAUUUAGCCGUCAGUUAAUGUAUUAGAAAGCCAUCACUCAUUGUGCAUGAACGAAAGGCCCAACUGAUUUCAUGUGAUAACGUUCAACUUUUUUGUUUUUGCAUUUAAAUAUUUAAAAAAACAAAACAAAAGCAAAAAUUAUAAAAAAAAAUGCUAGUUCAUUAAAAAAACAUUGUUCUGCAUGUUUAUUAAAGAGAAAAAUACAUAUUUUUUAUUUUAUUUAGCAUGCAGUCUAUCUGAGCUCUGGGUAAUCAAUAUUCCUUACAGAAACAUAGCUAAAGUACCUUUCACCUACCAUUCAGCUCCCUCUUCCUCUGCCUGGGUCACUAAAUGAACCUCCUGGAGCAGGGGAUGUUGGGUCAUUGCACAUGCAAAUGAAUUUACAUUAACUCCUUACUAAUCACUUCCCAUGACUGCUGGGAAUAUUCUCAGUAAUCCCAUGUAGCAGCCUGACAGUGAUGGGUUUCAUUUUGAUUCAUAGCUUUAUAAAUAAAUAUUGGAGUAAAUCAGGGAAGAAUAAUUUCAUAAAUACAAGAGAAGAAAGAUGUGUUUGUUUUAUCUCAUACAGUUUUAAUUAAAGGAAAAUAAAUGCAUGGUUUGUUAAACAAAGUGAGAGGGGAGAUUGGUCAUUUUAAAACAGAAUAGUUAUGAAGAUUGUUUUAAAGUAAACCUGAGAGCAAAUUUGUUUUAGCACAAUUUACUUCUCACACGGUGCUCAUCAAAAAUAGUUAAUUACUACAAUAUUCGUCUGGAGCUCUACCUCAGACACUGCAUUACUGGCAUAGAGCUCCUAAAAUAGAACUUACGGUAUUUCUGCAUUAUUUGCACAGAGCUCUUCAAACAUACAUCCCACACAUUUUUGUAAAUAUUUUAUUAUAUAUUUUCAUGUGACAACACUGAAGAAAUGACACUCUGCUACAAUGUAAAGUAGUAAGUUUAGGGGUGUACUCACUUUUGUUGCCAACGGUUUAGACAUUAAUGUCUGUGUGUUGAGUUAUUUUGAGGGGACAGCAAAUUCACGCUGUUAUACAGGCUGUACACUUACUACUUUAUAUUGUAGCAGAGUGUCAUUUCUUCAAUGUUGUCACAUGAAAAGAUAUAAUAAAAUAUUUACAAAAAUGUGAGGGGUAAGAUACUCAGGGCCACCAUCAGGGGGUGACAGACCCUGAGCUGAGUUAGGGGCCCCGAAAUUUCUGGUGGUGGCCCUGAAGAUACUGUAUCUUACUACCAAAUAUAUCGCAAUAGUACAUUUCUGGCACAGAGCUCCACUCAAACACAACUCAUUACUGUAUUACUUGGACACAACUGAUUACUUGUACACAGUUCUUCCUCAAAUACCAUUUUUACCGCGUUACUUUCAGAGAACUCCUCUUCAAACACAGCUUAUUUAUUAUUUAUUUUUUAUCAGAACAUCAGAAUUGACAGUUAACGGGACACUUCAGGAACUAUAACAAUGUCACUGUAAUGAUGUUGUUAUAGUGGUAGGAGGUCCCAUGGCGCUGGCUUACCUCCAAAGGGCCACCCAAUCACUCUACUCAUCUCCUUCCGCUGGAAUCAGGGAGCCGCAGAUAGAGACAUCAUUAAUUAGCUGACGUUCUCAGCCUAUCAUGGGCUACUGGCUUGCUAUGGAGGCUUGGUGUUACUUGGGAAGUACAUACCAAUAUAGUUGUGGUGGGAAAAAAGCUUCCAGCCUCGGACUGUGGUAGAAGGAAAUCGGCAGAGUGAUUGGUCACCAGAUUUGGGAUUAAACCGUUCGUUAACAGUUUAACCCCUUGCAGUAAGCCUGGGCACCACCGCACACCAUAACAACUUUUUCCAUAUGAAGUUGUCAUAGUACCUAGAGUGUCCCUUUAAAUUGAGACUCACAUUUUGGUAUUUUCAAAAAAAUAAUACUACUACUAAAUUGCAAAUCAUAAUCAAGGAUGAGAAAUUGCAGGCAGGGGAAUGGUUGACCAUUCUGGCAUUCACAGGGACCCCUACACUAGUAGCACAUCAGAACUAACAGCUUAUAUGGGUUUUGUCUUUUAGAAAUGGCCGAUGCGUUCCAGACUGUAUAUCGGAGCCUCUGGGCAGUUUCUACACCAAUCACUGACUACCGAAAGCCAGAAUGAAGAAGAAAAUCUCCACUGAUCAGCUGAGAGCAUUACACACUGGCACAAACCUCAGCCAGACCUUACAUUGAACUCCAUGUUGUAUGGACAUUAGAGAAUGGGACUAACAUUGAUUCUGAACAUGGUCCGUGUAUCGAGUUUAUUUCAAAUCCCUUCAAUGAAAAGCACUACAACAUUUAGGGACGGAGUAAGCUUUGAAGAGCACAGCACUAUCUUAUCCUGCUUUAAAUUGACAUUGAGUUA